UCAGUCCAAAGCCCCUAGGUUCAAUAAGGGGGAGGGGGAACCAUUCUUCAGACCCGCACUAGCUGCAUUUCAAGCUCUCAACAGCUGCCCGGGUUCCACAUUUACAUCAUGAAGGGGGUGGUAAAUAAAUCUCACAAAGCUGAUACUUCCCGGGCUGGAGGAGGAACAAGAAGCUUGAGUUAAUUGGCUAAUGUUAGGAGCGUGGUGUCAGUGCAAUCACUUUGAUUGGGUGUUUUGUCUUAACGGAACAAAUCAUUAUCAAGGGCGUCAGGGGUGUGGCCAGGCUCGCUGUGAGGUCCCACCCCGAGUUCCGCAGACCCUGACCUUUGGCUAAUUAGACCCGGGGUGAGUCCUGACCUCUCUUCCCUGCAAGACCUAACCCCCUUCCGCUGCGAAGCUACCCAACCCCAAUCGGAACACGACGUGAGAGCCAGUUCCUCAUACCUCACCCCUGCCCGGCCCAGCCAGUCCUGCAUCCCCCAGGUACAAAGGUCUAAAGCCGCCUGUCUGUGCUCGUGAACUGGGCUGGCGGUGGGGGAAGUGCUGGCUGACGUGAGUCUGGGGACAGGGAGCUGGUGUCCCCACAGAAGGAUGGCUCAGGAGGGUAGAAGGCUGCCUGAGGUGCUGGAGCAGGUCGGGGCUUCACACGGCAUCACCCAAAAGCUCCAGUUUAGGACCGCUGGGCUCCCAUUACGACCAGGUAAACCCACCUGGGUCCUCGCUUCCGCGUGCGCAGCCUUGACUUCUCUUUCUGUAAAGUGGAAAGAGCUGGCCUGGCAUCCCUGGCACUGUGAGGAUGGAAGUGAGACCUGGGUGAGAAUCUCCCAGUUCUGCCCCUCCCAGAGAGGACAGGACCCUCCCUCUCUGCUCCUCACAGUGGCCCUGCAACCUCCUGAGAUGGCAAUGAACAUGCAAGGUCUGCCUGGAGGAGCGGCCACUGCACGCUGGAUGUGGCUGCCCAACCUCAUCCUGGACUGUCUCACCCAAACCCCUACGCCUAUCCCCACUGCCCUGAUCCUGGAUGUGGCCUGUGAUACCCACGUGGUGGCUGCUAAGCUGCAGGCUCGGGGCUUCCUGAACCUGCAUGGAGUGGAUGGGAGCCCAAGGAUGCUGGAACAAGCCAAGGCUGGCUUCUACCAGCAGCCCAGCCUCUGCACCCUGGGCCAGGAGCCUCUGCCUAGCCCAGAAGGGACCUCUGACACGGUGCUGAUGGUGGGUGCCCUCAGUGACGGCCAGGUGCGGUGCACUGCCAUUCCAGGGCUCCUCCGAGUCACCAACCCAAGUGGCCUAGUGUGUCUGACCACCAGAACCAACCCAUCAAACCUUCCAUGCAAGGAGACCUUGGAGGCCACCCUGGACAGGGUGGAGGGGGAUGGGAAAUGGGAGUGCCUGGUGGCCCAGCCUGUGGACUGCUGGGAACUGGCCACCUCCACUCUCGAGGCGGUGCCUGGCACCUGUGCCGAGAAUGGCUUCAUCUAGGGCAUCAUCUACCUGUACCAGAAGAGGGGGUGA